GCGACCAAUGGGAGCACGCAGCUUGCGCCUCAACGUUCCAAUCUAGAACGCCGAGUAUCUUCUUGGGCUUCCUGUCCUCUUUGAAGCCGCUGCGUAGGUGCCGUAGGGCUCCGACGCCUUAAAGCGGCAGUGUCGUUUUUCUCCUCUUCCUCCUCACCGGACUGUGUAGUUUGGGUGCAGAUCUAUGAGGCUGCACACGAGACACCACGAGCAAAGGAACAACAACAAAAAUGUAAAUUCGUGCCACGGCAAGGGCCCGAGUCCUUUAAGCGCCUGGGAGCGCCCCAGCUUUAGUUCUUUGAAUUCAGAAAGUCGCGUGUUUGUUACUUCGGAUUAAUUAAUAGGAGUACAAAAAAACCACACAUGCAUUGGGGGGCGGUUAUUUUCCGGAGCAUGUGAAGUCUAUGACCAGCUUGCGAUGGCUGAAGCUGAACCGGACUGGCCUCUGCUACCUUCCCGAGGAGUUGUGUGCCCUCCAAAAGCUGGAGCAUCUCUCCGUGAGCCACAACAGCUUAACCACUCUCCAUGGAGAACUCUCCAGCCUCCCUUGCCUCCGGGCCAUUGUUGCUCGAGCCAACUGCUUGAAGAACUCCGGGGUUCCUGACGAUAUCUUCCAACUUGAUGAUCUUUCUGUGUUGGACUUGAGCUACAACCAGCUGACUGAGUGUCCCCGGGAACUUGAGAAUGCCAAAAACAUGCUCGUGCUGAACCUGAAACAUAACAGCAUUGACAACAUCCCCAACCAGCUGUUCAUCAACCUGACAGACCUGCUCUACCUGGAUUUGAGCGACAACAAGCUUGACAGCCUUCCCCCCCAGAUGAGGCGCCUGGUGCACCUGCAGACCUUGAUUCUAAAUAAUAACCCUCUCUUGCAUGCCCAACUCAGGCAACUGCCAGCAAUGACGGCCCUGCAGACACUGCACCUCAGGAACACACAACGCACCCAGAGCAACCUUCCUACAAGCUUGGAAGGCUUGUCGAAUCUAGCAGACGUGGAUCUCUCCUGCAAUGACCUGACCCGCGUCCCCGAGUGCCUCUACACCCUGGCCAGCUUACGGCGCCUCAACAUGAGCAGCAACCAGAUCUCAGAGCUGUCCCUCUGCAUCGACCAGUGGUCCCAGCUGGAAACGCUUAAUCUGUCCCGGAACCAGCUCACUUCUCUGCCGUCGGCCAUCUGUAAGCUGACCAAACUGAAGAAGCUCUACCUGAACUCCAACAAGCUGGAUUUCGACGGCAUCCCUUCAGGUAUUGGCAAGCUGGCCUGCCUGGAAGAAUUCAUGGCUGCAAACAACAAUCUAGAACUCAUUCCAGAAAGUCUGUGCAGGUGCGUCAAGCUCAGGAAGCUGCUUCUGAACAAGAACCGCUUGGUCACUUUACCCGAGGCUGUGCACUUCCUGACGGACAUCGAGAUCCUGGAUGUCCGUGAGAACCCCAACUUGGUGAUGCCCCCCAAGCCUGUGGACAGGACCUCUGAGUGGUACAACAUUGACUUCUCUCUGCAGAACCAGCUGCGGCUGGCUGGUGCAUCCCCUGCAACGGUAGCAGCGGCUGGAGCAGGGAGCAGCCCAAAGGAUCCCAUGGCACGAAAGAUGCGCCUGCGGAGGCGCAAAGACUCGGCGCAGGAUGAUCAGGCGAAACAGGUGCUGAAAGGGAUGUCAGACGUGGCACAAGAGAAGAACAAAAAGAUGGAGGAGAAUGGAGAUCCAAAAUACACAGAUCUGAAGACCCGUCGCUGGGACCAGAGCUUGGAGAAGCCUCAGCUCAACUACUCAGAGUUCUUUACGGAGGAUGUGGGACAACUUCCCGGCGCCACCAUCUGGCAGAUUGAGAACUUCGUGCCCACACUGGUGGAUGAGACCUUUCAUGGGAAGUUCUAUGAGGCUGACUGCUACAUUGUGCUGAAGACAUUCCUAGAUGAUAACGGCUCCUUGAGCUGGGAGAUCUACUACUGGAUUGGCCAGGAGGCCUCGCUCGACAAGAAAGCCUGUGCAGCCAUCCACGCUGUCAACUUGCGCAACUACCUGGGAGCCGAGUGCCGCACCAUCCGGGAGGAGAUGGGAGAUGAGAGCGAUGAGUUCAGCCAGGUAUUCGAUCACGAGAUCUCCUACAUCGAGGGUGGAACAGCCAGUGGCUUCUACACAGUGGAGGACACUCACUACAUCACCAGGCUUUAUCGCGUUUAUGGAAAGAAGAACAUAAAACUGGAACCAGCACCUCUGAAGGCAGCUUCUCUGGACCCUCGGUUUGUCUUCCUGUUGGACCACGGCCUUGAGAUCUACAUCUGGAGAGGGGGCCAGGCCACUCUGAGUGGGACCACCAAAGCCAGGCUCUUUGCAGAGAAGAUCAAUAAAAAUGAACGGAAGGGUAAAGCGGAGAUCCUACUGCUGAGCCACACGCAGGAGACGCCGGAGUUUUGGGAGAUCCUUGGGGGGCAGCCAGAAGAGAUCAAGAUCAAUGUCCCAGAUGAUUUCAAGGCCCCCAGACCCAAGCUGUACAAGGUUGGUUUGGGUUUGGGCUACCUGGAGCUUCCCCAGAUCAACUACAAGCUCUCUGUGGAACAUAAGAAGAGGCCAAAGGUGGAUCUGCUACCAGAUAUGAGACUGCUGCAGAGUCUGCUGGACACCAAGUCGGUCUACAUCCUGGACUGCUGGUCAGACUUGUUCAUCUGGAUUGGCCGGAAGUCUCCUCGUCUGGUGCGAGCCGCUGCUCUCAAGCUGGGCCAGGAGCUCUGUGGCAUGCUGCACCGCCCCAAACACGCGAUGGUGAUACGCAACCUAGAGGGCACAGAGUGCCAGGUCUUCAAAUCCAAAUUCAAGAACUGGGAUGACGUGUUGAAGGUGGAUUACACCCGCAACGCAGAGGCAGUCCAGCAGACCGGCGGGCUCUCGGGGAAAGUGCAGAAAGAUGCUAAGGAAAAGGAUCAGAUGAAGGCUGAUCUGACAGCCCUUUUUCUGCCGCGUCAGCCCCCCAUGCCGCUAAGCGAGGCAGAGCAGCUUAUGGAGGAAUGGAACGAAGACCUGGAUGGCAUGGAAGGUUUUGUCCUGGAAGGCAAGAAGUUCGCCCGCCUGCCCGAGGAGGAAUUUGGGCAUUUCCACACCCAAGAUUGCUACGUCUUCCUGUGCCGGUACUGGGUGCCCGUGGAGUGCGGGAACGAGACUGAGAAGAAGAAGAAAAGACCUGAAGGUGCCGCCGAGGGAGAGGAGGUGAUGGAGGAGGAGGAAGGGGAGGAAGAGGAGGAGGAAAAACAGCCAGAGGAAGACUUCCAGUGUGUGGUGUAUUUCUGGCAGGGCCGGGAGGCCUCCAACAUGGGCUGGCUCACGUUCACCUUCAGCCUCCAAAAGAAAUUCGAGAGCCUUUUUCCUGGGAAGUUGGAGGUUGUGCGCAUGACUCAGCAGCAGGAGAACCCCAAGUUCCUCUCCCACUUCAAGAGGAAAUUCAUCGUCCACAAGGGCAAGAGGAAGGCAAAGGAUGACGGCCUCCAGCCCAGCCUCUACCACAUCCGUACUAACGGCAGCGCCCUCUGCACCCGGUGUAUCCAGAUCAAUACAGACUCCAGCCUUCUCAACUCAGAAUUUUGCUUCAUCCUGAAGGUUCCCUUUGAAAGCACCGACAACCAAGGCAUUGUGUACACUUGGGUGGGCCGGGCUGCUGACCCCGAUGAGGCCAAGCUGGCAGAGGACAUUAUGAACCACAUGUUUGAUGACUCCUACAGCAAACAGGUGAUAAAUGAGGGGGAAGAGCCGGAGAACUUCUUUUGGGUCGGCAUUGGAACACAGAAACCCUACGAUGGAGACGCCGACUACAUGAAGUAUUCUCGCCUGUUCAGAUGCUCCAAUGAGAAGGGCUAUUUUGCCGUGUCGGAAAAAUGCUCAGAUUUCUGCCAGGAUGACUUGGCAGAUGAUGACAUUAUGCUACUAGACAACGGGCAGGAGGUCUACAUGUGGGUAGGAACACAGACCAGCCAGGUGGAGAUCAAGCUGAGUCUCAAAGCCUGCCAGGUGUACAUCCAGCACAUGCGCUCAAAAGACCCAACCCACCCACGGAAGCUCCGCCUGGUUCGGAAAGGCAACGAACCGCCGGCCUUCACCCGCUGCUUUCACGCCUGGAGCGUAUUCCGGAAGCCUCCAGCCUAACCUGCUUGCGGGAGGCCAUCGCAGCAGAACUCCCUGCAACCUGCCAGACUUCUUAAAUCUGUCUCUUUCAUCUGUGACAACUUUUUAAGACUAGCAGAGUGGACAAAAUGUUACCAGAGGAGGUGGAGCUAGAUAUGUACCUUCCCGUGUAAAGAAAAGGCACCUUUACUGCUCCCUCAUUCCUACCCUCUUUUUUUUCCUUGGGGCAAUGAAACAGACAUUGCCUGGAUGCACUCUUGAGAAAUGUUACAGCUGGGACUUCCAGCCCCACACCAGUAGAAUCACAAUGUUGGGUUUGUAUUUUUCCACUUGCACAAACUUUUUUUUAAUUAUACUUAAUACGCGCGCACACAGGCUGUGGCUUCUGUUGUGCUCUUGAGAGCACUGCAGGUUGGGAACAGGAAUGCUCAGGGCUGAGUUCAGGUUGAAGCAGGAUAGAUCAGCCUUUCCCUGUAGCUGAUGCAGCUCUUUCUGAAGUAAGUUUUGUGAGAUAGAGCAGAGAAACUGGACUACUAGAUCCUUUUAAAUCCAGUGUUGGGUGAAAGGUUUGUAGUGCACUUAAGACUGAAAACAGAUGUAAUAGAAGUCCAUUUUCUAAAGAAUAAAUAAAUGGGGUUUAUUCCUUUUAAAA